UGCUCCUGCUCCUGCUCCUGCUCCUGCUGAUCCGGACAUUAGCGCGACAGAGAAACGCCUCAGAAGCGGCGACCGUGAGCGUCCGCGUGUCUCCCGUCGCUCGUCCCGCGGGUUGGCUCCGGUGCGGUCUCGACCUCAUGGCAGAUGGUCGGUCCGCUGUCCGUCACCGGCCGCGCGGACUAAUCCCGCUCUAAUCCCGGCUCUGAAUGGCACUUUCCUCGGUUUCCACGGCACCAGAGCGGCAGCGAGCAGCCGGCCGCGGCACGGUCGUUUAGUUUUCCUGCGGUGACCUGCUAGAGGACUCCCCGGGGCCGCUUUUUCGCGAGGGUUUUAUGAGACCGGGGACCGCACAGAUGAAUCCCCGAACCGCCGACUACACCAGCGCCAUGAUCAGCUCGGAGAGCCUGCGGCCGACCGCGAACGGCCGGAAGCACCUGGGCAAGCUCGCCGCCCGGCUGGAGGAGGUGAAGAACCCGUGGCGCCAGGGCUCCACGCUGGAGCUGAGCCACAACGAGGCGGCCCGGCUGGCGACGGACGCCCUGCUGGAGCACGGGGAGAAGGAGUACCGCAGGGUCCUGACCGAGGAGCGGGAGCUCAACUUCCUCUCCCCGCUGGAGAUCCGCUACAUCAGCCAGCAUGCGGCCAAAACCUGCGGCUCCGAGAGCAACGGCGCCGGCCCCAACGACCGGGACUUCGGGGACGGAGACGCCGUCUCCGAGCUCACCUCCGGGACUUACUUCCCUAUGAUGUCCGACGAGGAGCCGCCGAUGCUGGAGCUCGGCUGGCCGGACUCCCCGGUGAGAUACGGGCCGUCGGAGACGCAGAUCUACUUCCAGAGGGACAAGUCUAAUAACGUCAAAGACCUCAUCAGGUCCCUGAUCAACAAAGCCAAAAAGGUGAUAGCGCUGGUGAUGGAUGUGUUUACAGACGUGGACCUGCUGUGUGAUCUCAUGGAGGCGUCCAACAAGCGCAGGGUCCCCGUCUACAUCCUGCUGGACGAGAAGAACCUCGGCUGCUUCACGGACAUGUGCGCCACUCUCGACAUCCAGAACUCACACAUGAGCAACAUGCGUAUUCGCAGUGUGUGUGGCGACACUUACUGCACCAAGAGCGGCAAGAAAUUCACCGGUCAGGUCCUGGAGAAGUUUAUGAUCAUCGACUGUGAAGAGGUCAUCGCCGGGUCAUACAGUUUCACCUGGCUGUCGGCUCAGGUGCACAGCAACAUGGUGAUGCAUUUCUCAGGGCGCAUCAGCGACAGCUUCGACCGGGAGUUUCGCUGCCUGUACGCCGACUCGCAGAUCAUCGACUGCUUCUACAACCCGGAGGAGGAGGGGAUGCCCUGCUACCCGUCCUACCAGGCCAUGAUGGCCCCCGGCGUGGGCAUGGGGCUCGGCCCGGUCAUGGGGCUGGAUUUACUCUCUGACAGGCAGAGGGACAGGGUGUGCUCUGAAAACUCCAGCAGCCAAUCGAGUAACAGCGUCUCCAGUGUGAAGGCUGCACCCGGGAUGUCCCCUAACGUCGUCUACAAGGUCACUCAGGGUCACGACAAGAAGGAGCCCAACAACACCUCUCACCUCAGCCCCGAGAGGAGAGGUGGCGAACAGGCAGGAGGACACACCCCGACACCGGGACCGCGCGCUUCUGCCAACGGAGCGGCCAGUCACAUCCCGGUUCCUGAGCGACCGUCGCCGACCUACGGUCAGCCAAUGGGCAUGGAGUGGAGCAAGCCCAACCCGGCGGACAUCAUGAGGCCGAAUAUCGGCGGCACCGCCUCCAAGUUCAAGGCCUUGGGGUUGUACGACCACAAACCGAGCAUGUUCCACGGGACCCCAAACUCAAACCUGAACCCCAAGUCCCAGACCCCCUCCCCGGUCAAUGACAGCAAACUCAAACUCACCCCCAAGCAGAGGUCUUCCUCCAGCCAGUUCCUCAACAAACUCUCAGAGCGAUUCCUGCCCCCCUCCAGCAAAGACAAAGACAGAGACACCUACAACUUCCGGAGGUCGCCGUCCCCUCACGGCUCCACGCCCUGGGGAGGGCCGGACCUCUGUCAAACUGAGCCGGAGAGCCAGCAGAGCCCGCCUCCCCCACCCUCUCCGCUCGUGUUGAUGAGCCGGCAGGACCAGAAGCGAAUGACGUUGGGCCACAGCAAGCUGGACCUGGUGAACCACUACAACAAGUUGAAGUCCAAGCAGGUGUACAGUCGCUUUGAGCUCAAGACCACUAACUAAACCGUCGAGCUCAGGCGGAUUUAUCAGACUAAAUGUUUAACGUUCUCAGCCUUUGCAUCCCUCCGCUGUGUCCUGUUCCAACUCCAGUUUUUAUCUCGCUGGAAAUCAAACCGUCACAGUCACGUUGGCUCGCAGGCCUUUUAACCGUCUCUGCAGAGUUUUCCUCUGUGAUUUGCCUCUUUUACCGCGUGAGGAGCCAUUACGAGUACGGAAGGGUUGAGACUCGUUGGGCGUGGAUGACAAACAUUUACAUUUAUAAUCCGUUAAUAAUUUCAAAAAUGAAAACAAGGUCGUUCUCGAACCACGAUUGAUCACACUCUAAAUACAAACACAGCCGAACGGUGUGCCGAGGCUUGAGAACAGAUCCCCCUCCAUUUGAAAGUUGUAAUCCUUAAGAUUUCAGUGCUGGCUGAUUUGGCAGCACCUGUGGUUACCGUGGUAACAGCACGUGAGGUGUAAUACAAAAGCAAAAGCUCCCUGGGCGGCUGGCGGUUUUCAUCCAAAGGCCGGCCAGUGACCAUCACGACCUCCGUCUGAUUUCAUGCUGCGCGCACGGCCAGAGGUUUCCCCCGGGACGGAGUCAGAGGAGCUGCCUCUGUUGCUCCUCCUCCGCCCGCUCGCUGCGGCCGCUCCUCGCGCCUCAUUCCUCCCUGACAGAUUUACAACUCAUCCGCCGACAGAAUCGGACGCUGGGUUUGAGUAUUUCAGCUUUAAAGGAAAUGUGAAUUCUUGCUUCAGCACAAACAAAUGAAAACUGCAAGUUGAGACGGAUCAGUUUUCUCACCGGAGCCUUUCUCUCAGUGCACUCCAGGGUUUUUCCACAUGAUUAUUCCACUUACAGACGAUCCGCAUCAAAGCUUGAACUUAUUUCAAAAUAGGAUAUUAAUGUCAAAAUCAGCUCUCAUUUUCUCGAUUUAAAAAUUUUAAAUGUAUUUGAUACAAACACACAAAAACAAAAGAAGAAUAAAACAGUACAGAGUGUUAGGAAUCAGUUGACGUGCAUGGACACUGUGAUUUGACGAAGCCCCGAAUGUAACGAAAACCUCCUCAUCCUUUUCCUUCUUUCUUAGUUUCUUUCUUUUCCUGUGGUUUUCUCAGAUGGAAUAUUCCUGUAACACUCCUGUAGGAUAGCGUAUCACAACAAGUGCCUUGAUCAUCCUGCCUUAAGGUCUAAAAUCCCGUUUUAGACCAACACUUCUAUCUCCAGCGACUUCAAGUACGUGUCGGUUGAGGUACAAACACCUGUUUUACCUUGUUGUAAAUGGAAGCAGGAGCAGAGUGACGACAUUCCUCCUGCUGCAUCUCGUUGCGAUUCCGGGGAUUUAGGUGGAAGCGUCGAAACUGGAGCGCUUCGGUGCCGUUUGGGCCCGCGCAGGGGGAAAAUACUGUUCUCCAUGAGAUGAAUAAGACAGUUGUGAGAAGAUGCUGUUUGUCUGAGUAAAGGUGAAAGAAUCUGCGUGUACGUUCUACAGAGGAUUGACUCCUCAUACUGUUCAUUUUUUACAAAAAACAGCAUUUUUUUCCCAAUUAUGUAGAUUUGUAUAUAGACUGUAAACCCCGUUAGAUACACUUAAUACUAAUUGUAUUAUUUACACCUUUUCUUUUAGUUAUUUUUUAGAUAUAUUGUGCGGAUGUGCAGCAGUUCCUCACAUCACUCAGCACUACAGGGCUUUUCUGAAUAAAUCCUCCGCAUCCUGGAGCAGCAGUAACGAAAACUGACUUUUGCUGUUGCCACCUAAGCAAUACUGAUUAACAGUGAUCAAUUACUUUGAUAUGUGCAUAAUAAGUUUGUGUGUGUGUGUGUGUGUGUGUGUUUUGGUUUGCUGCUCAUUUCAGUCGGCAGUGUUGUGUUUUGUUUUGUUUUUUAGCAGACAUGGAUUUGUUUAUGCCUCAUGUUUGUCUGAGUAAUGUACAUUAUGUUGUAUAAAGUACAUGAACUGACUGUCAGGAAUUUGGGUUAUUGUUGUUGUUAACGCUUCUUAAUCUGACUGGUGUAUGUAAUUUUAUUUUUACGAUAUGUUCUUAUUUACUGGAGAAUGUGAACUCUUUGUUUAUCUUGGUCUUGAUUUGUAAGAUGAAAAUGUAAGGAUUUAAUAAAAUGGAAAGAGUU